AUCUAGUAUUGGUUUGGUCCAAGCUGGAACGUAACAAACCGAAGGAGAGCAACAAAUGGCACACUGUGUCACUCCACUAACAUCGUCAAUGGCUUCUUUGGGUUGCGCUUGUCGUUUCUUCCCAUCGGCGACCACAAGAGCUGAAGCCUAUUCACUCCCUCUCCUCUCCCCUCCUCCUUCAACCCCUCGGUCUUCCCUCAAAUGCCUCAAAUCUUCUCCUUCAGUCUCGCCAUUGUUCCUCAAUCAGAAGUUUCAGAGGAGGACGCUGGUUCACGCUCCCAACGCCGGUGGUGUAGUUAGAUCACCGACGUGCUUCGCGUCUGACCCUGAUCAGUUAAAGGGUGCUAGAGAGGAUAUCAAAGAGCUUCUUAAGACUACAUUUUGCCACCCAAUUUUGGUUCGCCUGGGAUGGCAUGAUGCUGGUACGUAUGACAAGAACAUUGAAGAGUGGCCAAAACGAGGUGGAGCUAAUGGAAGCCUGAGAUUUGAAAUAGAACUCAAACAUGCAGCCAAUGCUGGUCUUGUAAAUGCAUUAAAACUUCUCCAGCCUAUCAAGGAAAAGUAUCCUAAUGUGACAUAUGCAGACCUUUUCCAGUUGGCGAGUGCUACAGCUAUUGAGGAGGCUGGGGGCCCCAAAAUCCUCAUGAAGUAUGGAAGAGUGGAUGUCUCUGGUUCUGAACAGUGCCCCCCUGAAGGAAAGCUUCCCGAUGCUGGUCCCCCAUCACCUGCUGCUCAUUUACGUGAUGUCUUCUACCGGAUGGGAUUAAAUGACAAGGAAAUUGUUGCAUUAUCUGGAGCACACACUUUAGGGAGGUCUAGGCCAGAGCGUAGUGGUUGGGGCAAGCCAGAAACGAAGUAUACAAAAGAUGGACCAGGAGCACCAGGAGGACAAUCGUGGACUGUGCAAUGGUUGAAGUUUGACAAUUCCUACUUCAAAGACAUCAAGGAGACAAGGGAUGAAGAUCUACUGGUUUUGCCAACUGAUGCUGUUCUAUUUGAAGAUCCAUCAUUUAAGGUAUAUGCUGAGAAAUAUGCAGAUGAUCAGGACACAUUUUUCAAGGAUUAUGCUGAAGCUCAUUCAAAACUCAGCAACUUGGGUGCGGAAUUUGACCCUCCUGAGGGUUUUUCAAUUGAUGGUGGCCCUGCAAAGGCCGCACCAGAAAAAUUCGUUGCAGCCAAGUACUCGUAUGGAAAGAGAGAGCUCUCGGAUUCUAUGAAGCAGAAGAUUCGUGCAGAGUAUGAAGCAAUUGGAGGCAGCCCAGAUAAACCUCUUCAGUCAAACUAUUUCUUAAAUAUCAUGAUAGUGAUUGCUGUCUUGGCUUUUUUGGCAUCUCUAGUUGUAAACUAGAUUUUUUUUGCCUUCUCGUUUGGUUUUAUAAUCCAUGCCAUGCUUUUAUAGUUAAUCUCUGCAAUCCCAUGCUCUGCUGGGGGUGAAAGUUUCAAGGUGAUUUAUUCCACUGUUGGAAAGCCGAGACUCGGAUUCAGUUUGCCUGACCCACUAAACUGAGGCAUUUAAAUUGGCAAGUCAAUUGCAUCGCAAUUCAAUUCACUUGGAAUGGCAAUAAGGCAGGUUAAUUCGAUAACCAUCCCUACCUACUCUAGUUAUGGCAUUUGCUGCUAAUUGGAUCGGUCAGGACUUGAAGACGAAGAAGAUGAUUGGGACUGGCCAUAAGACGAAUGGGAUCUAUCUGCUCGAGGAGAGUUCUCGUCGGGAAGAGUCAGUGGAUAAGAAGUCACUUGUUUCUCAGAUUGUGAGUCCAGUUAUGCUUUGGCAUAACCGAUUGGGUCAUUUGUCUUUCCGGUCCUUAAAGAGUUUGUUCCCUACUUUGUUUGAGUUUGUUGAGUUGUCUCAAUUGAAAUGUGAAAAUUGUGAGUUUACUAAGCAUUGUAGAAAAUCUUAUUCAUUGAGUAAUAAAAGGAGUAAUAGUUCUUUUSAUAUUGUG